ACAUUGUUAGCUCCGCCUACUCUGCUCCUUCAAGAUGGAAGCAACCGAAAAAUACUGCAUGUUCAAUCGGAAAUUAGAAAGGAAAGGUUAAUGAAUACAAGCUGUGUGCGUGUGAAAGACAUACAAUGUGUGUAUGUGCGCGCGUUUGCUAGUCAUGGAAAUAUGGUUUUCCGCCCCUUUCUCGUGUACGCAGAAACAAAACAAAGCUGCGUUCAAGACUACGCUUCAGCAGGGCUCGUUGAGGACCUAUUUUUAAAAGGAAUAAUUUAAGCUGCAUGUGACAGAGUUACAAUAAAACAUGCUGAGUAGUGAAACUAUAAUAACCACGGUUCGGCGUGUCAGAUAGGCUCCUUUUAGGCUCAUUGUCUUCCCUUCUCCGAGCGGGGGGGCGUUCGCGAGCAGCCGGCCCACGGAGCUUUCAUCAGGCGCUGCUUCACUUCCUGUGUUCAACAGGAGCCCACGAGCCACCCAUCCUGCAUCCCGCGACCACACGACGACCCCCGGGUCCACACUCCGGCUUCCCCGGGUCGCACUGACGAGUGUCUCCGCUCUGCCGCCAUGGUGGAGACACCGGCCGGCUGUCUGUUCGAAGACAUCCAGUACGAAGACAUCCAAGUGGAAGCGGCCGUCGGUCGGGGCACAUUUGGAGUCGUCUUCAAGGCCGUGUGGAAGGGGCAGGACGUAGCCAUCAAGACCAUCGAGAGUGAAAAUGAAAGGAACGCUUUCCUGGUCGAGCUCCGCCAGCUGUCCCGGGUGAAUCACCCCAACAUUGUGAAGCUGUAUGGCUCGUGUGACAACCCAGUCUGCCUGGUCAUGGAGUAUGCCGAGUGCGGCUCUUUGUAUAACCUCCUGCACAGUGCCGACCCCCAGCCCCACUACACGGCGUCCCACGCCAUGAGCUGGUGUCUGCAGUGUGCCCAGGGAGUCGCCUAUCUGCACGCCAUGAAGCCAAAGGCCUUGAUCCACCGGGACCUCAAACCACCAAACCUGCUGCUGGUGGCUCGUGGCACCGUGCUGAAGAUAUGUGACUUUGGAACGGCCUGUGAUAUUCAGACCUACAUGACCAACAACAAGGGCAGUGCAGCCUGGAUGGCUCCAGAGGUGUUCGAAGGCAGCAACUACAGUGAGAAGUGUGAUGUGUUCAGCUGGGGCAUCAUCCUGUGGGAGGUCAUCACACGGAAGAAGCCCUUCGAUGAAAUCGGCGGCUCUGCCUUCUGCAUCAUGUGGGCCGUCCAUAGAGGUACACGGCCUCCUCUCAUCAAAGACCUCCCAGAGGCCAUCGAGAGUCUGAUGACUCGCUGUUGGGACAAAGAACCCAGCCAGAGACCGUCAAUGGAGGAGGUGAAGAACACCAUGAGCCAUCUCAUGACGUACUUCCCAGGCUCUGAUGAACCACUCAAGCUCCCUCAUCAGUCUUCACCCAACAGAAGCGGCUCUUCGUCGGCCACGAGCACAGGCUCGUAUGCAGAGUGCACCAACAGCAGCAACAGGAGUGACGACAACUCUGAGCGCAGGAACUCUGUCGGCAGGGAGGAGACCCUGAAAAGCUUCGAGGCAAAGUUCCCACUGCAGUUCAAACCCUCCAAGACGGCCACUCUGCGUCCCGGCCCGUCCAAGGUGUCCAGUGUGGACAGCCAACCGGGGCGCUCCCAAAUCCCCACCCCCUGCACCAGCCCGGUGACCACCACUGGCCAAUCAGAGCUGAGGAUGACCAUUAGUCCCACAGCUACCAACGGUUUGGACAGCUCCAUUCCUAUGGCCUACCUGAAACUAGAUCACCAGUUACAGCCUCUGGCCCCGUGUCCCAACUCCAAAGAGUCCAUGGCCGUGUUUGAGCAGCACAUCAGGAUGGUUCAGGACUACCUUAGAGUCCAGUCAGAGAUCGCUGACUUCAGUCGGAGAAAAGAGGACCUCAUGUCCGAGCUGGAGCGGGACCAGAGGGAGCAGCACACCUCGUGUCGACUGAUCCAGGAGCACAGCAAGCUGUUGGAGGACAACGACAGUCUGUCUGCCAGCUUCCAGGGCCUGAGGAGCAAGCUGAGCCUGAUGAAGAGUCAGAACCAGCACCACAGCUAGGACACGCGCUCCACCCGACUGGCUCCUUCUCCCGAGGAUGAGAGGAAUCACUCCAUGAACCGGCCUUAAAUAGGGAAAGCCCAUUAUGCUGAGAAACAUCACACGUGACUCGCAGCAAAGCGAUGUGUCAGGAGAGCAGGGGGGGUGCCGUCGGUCCACAACCCGUCCCAGACCUCAUCAGUGCCCAGCUCCAUCACACUGGAGAGCACCACCCGAGAAAGAGGUGGAAGUUCUUUUUUUAGUAGUUUUACGUUUUUGACCAAAGCAAACAAUUUAGGUUUUGUUGAACAAAUCAUUUCAGUUUGACUUAAAAAAAAAAAAAAUCAGAGCACCUGUUUGUUAUCAGGGUAAUGA